UGGGAGAAGGGUGUCAUCUUGUCCUUUACCAGGCAGCAAAAUGUCUCGAGCUGGCAUUGCUGACAAGGAGUUAUUUACUUCCAGGCACUCAUCUUUAAAGCUGCAGGUCUGGAUCUUCUGCAGCAGAUUUCUUACAUAACUGCAGAUAAGCAACUUUCUGUGACAGAACAUGGCCUCUGCUAUAGACAGUCUCUGCUUGUGACCUACAGAAUAUGGCUCCAGCACACAGUGACAUUUAUUUUGAUUGCUGUGGGAUUUUUGAGUCACUCAGAAAGUCAUUAAAACCUGAAUGUUUUAAUGGAGUUUCCCAAGUGCUGAAAUGGCAAAUGGGCUGCUUCGGAACCAGAUCACAAUGGACCUCUCUUUUGGUGACAUAAUUGAUUUUUGUAUAUACCACCCUUUACUUCACAAAAUCAAGGUGAUUAAAGAGUGGGAUUUUGUCUGCUUUACCAGGACACAUUUAUGUAUGGAGUAUGACCAGUUUUGAAGGAAGAGAGUCUAACUUGAAGGAGAUAUCACCACCACCAUCUUUCUGCAUGCUAAUUCCGAUUGAAUUCCCCAAGUGUUGUUGCUUAAGUAGCCAAAACAGUAUCAAGCAACCAGACAUGAGAGCAGCACACCACCAUCCUUAGGGCAGUGAGGUGUGCAGAAGUACAAAAAACAGUGUUUAGAAAAACUCUAAAGGAGGGGGAGGGAAACCCCACAAAGCAGUCCAAUGAAGACUAUGCUUGACUAGUGAACUGAGAAUGCUGGCUGUGAAAAGAAAAAAAUCUGGAAAAACUGGAUGCACAUCACCACUCUCUGAGCACUGAGAGACUCUAGGGGUUCCAACACUUACCCAGGGUUCUGUUUCUUUGGAAUGAAAGUCAGCUGAGACUCUGCUGUCUUUUAAGAUAUUUUAUUUGAACACAACCUGAGCAUAGGAUGGAAGGGCUCACAGCAUUAACACCCUCAUAGAUCUUGCUUCCCCUUGCUUUCAGGGAAGCCCCAAAAUCCAGCAAAGAGCAAACACGUCUCUCUCUCUCUCUUCUGCUUUAUCUUCUUUCCAGCUCACUGCCCACAGCUUGGCUAUCCUUCUACAUACCAGCCAGAUGAGAUGGGUGGGGAAAGCCCUCGCCCAUUUGGCACACAGAACCAAAGCCAUUUCCUUGAAAAAGGAACUGGUUUGGCAAGCUUGGUUUUAUAUACCUCUAUGCCCAGAGAUGAAGAAACCCAAGAAUCGAAAGGAACCAGAGUAUCACCCAGACUGACCCCACAAGCUUGUGUGCGUGCGUGCACACAUACACACACAUAUAUACAUAUAUAUGAAGGAACCCAACUGCUUUCUUGCUUUCUUGUCAUCCAGCACCCACCCACCCACUCACUCUAAGCAGUCCCCUGUUUGAAAAGGGCAAACUCUGAAGGCUCCUUCAAGAAACAAAUAACACAUUUUGUUCCAGGGACCCAUUGGGAGGAGCCAUAGCACAGUGACAGAGCAUCUGCUGUGCAUGUUGAACAUCCCAAGUUCAACCUCCAGCAUAUGCAGGUGGGACUGGGAAAGACCCCCUUUCUGAAACUCUGGCGAGCUGCUGCCAGUCUGUGUAGACAAUGCUAAGCUAGACAGACUGCUGGUAGUACAAGGCAGCAUCCUAUGUUCCCUCUAUUUCCAAUUUCCAGGAAUGAACGUCUCAUGCAGCCAAAAUUACACCACCUAUGCACAAGAGGGAGGUAUUGGCACACUUGGUAAAACCAUAAGGUCAGACUAGAUGCCACUUGCUGUACCUUCCAACUCUAGAAUUCUGUGAUUCUAUGCCAGCAAUGAUGACUUUUCCUGCUCCCUACCCCCACCAUUGUGUGAAAUCUUAACAUUGUAAAAUGCCAAACAUUUGUUUGCCUAUCGUUUGUAGCACACUGAUGUUUAUCAGAUGGCACAGAGAUGUAUGGCUUUCCUGGUUUUCUGUUCCCCGUUUUGCUUUUCUAUUGUUUCUCUUUAAAAACUACUCUUUUACAAAAAAGAAGAAGAGGAAGAAGAGGAGGGGGAAGAAGAAGAAGAAGUGUGCAAACAAUAGGCUUACCAGCUGCAAUAGGAGAGUCAAGCAUACCAAUUUCACACAGAAGCACAUCAUUGCUUACUUCAACUCGCCUGUGGAAACAACUCAGAGGCCAUGAAAGAAGGAAGGGUAUCAACAGGAAGAUUUAAAGGAACUAUUGGAAACUCAAGGCAGUGGAGAUAUAAGAUGAUCAGAGCCCCACCGAAUUUGAAGCAUGGGAAGUCCCAACAAAAAAUUAUAAUUUGGCAGAAUAUUUGGACUAUAGGAUAUGUAUUUGUAUAAUUUGGAAUAUUUAAUGUGAUUGGAUUGGAUUGUUAAAAUGGAAAAUUUAAUAAAAAAUAUUUUUUAAAAAAAUUCUAAUUGCAACCAGGAAACAGAAGCCUCUGAGGAUGAUGGAUUCAAGAAGAGAGAAGAGGUCACCCUUUCCCUGUGCUGGAGAAUAAGGACCAAUUUUAAUGGGGUCUUCUUCCUUCUGGGGCUGUGCAGCUCUGCAAAAACAAAAGCCUUUUAGUAAUACCUGGAACCAAAUACAGUAAAGGAAUUGAAUUGGCAUCUAUCAGGCCAGGGAAGUUUGCCAAACGAUUGCUGCUUAAAGGGUCCUCCUGAAAAAUCCAGAGGGCUGCGCUUUCUCUCUCUCAAUUUCUUAAGACCAGCAGGAGUUCCUACAAAGGAAAUAAAUGGCUGUUCUUCUGGGACUCCCAAAAGUGCCCACAACGAGGGAGAGAACAUCUUCGCUUGACUCUUGGUAGGAGAGCACCCCUCGUUUUCUCCUCCCGUGACUCCCAGUCGGGCCAGUGGGCGCCAGUUGUGCCCAUCUCGCCUGUGGGACAGUCUCUCCCCUUCCCUGCCUUUGGCCACCUCCCCUCGGUGCCACAUCACUGCAGCCCCUGAGGCAGUGCCCCUCUUACCCCAGCAGAGGGCGGCUGCAGGGAGGCGGGGAACUCUCUCGCAGACGGACGUCUCCUCCAGCCCAUCCGCAGGCGAGAGGGGGUAGAAGGGGCCAAUGGGACGCGGCUGGGAGGCGGGCGCGGAGGCGAGAGGGAGAAGGCGCCGGCUUGAUUGUCCCAGCGGCGCCACUGGCCCGAAGAGGCGCAUCUCUGGGCAGCGGGAGGAGGCGGGAUGGGAGCGGGGAGGAGCCGCCGCGCGGAUGCAUCUUUCCUGGACGACGAUCGCCUCCAGCCUUUCGUAGCUGCUGCUGCUGAGGAGGGAUGAGGUCACCCACACGUCCGCAUCCUUGAAAGUCGCCGGAGCGCCGCGGGUUAAAUGAUUCUCAGAAGUUCCCAAACGGGACAAUAAGGACCAUUUUGCAUAAAAAAGUUGCAAAGAAGCAGACCAAGUUCGGUAAGCCUUAGCCCCUGUAUUUGCGUGGUUCUCUCCCCCCCCGCCCCCGUUUCCACAGAUUUGAGGGAGUCGAUCUCUCCCGUCUGCUCCAGAGUGGAUCUCUCUCGUCUGCUCCGGAGUGGAUCUCUACCAUCUGCUCCGGAGUGGAUCUCCCGUCUGCUCCGGAGUGGAUCUCUCCCGUCUGCUCCGGAGUGGAUCUCUCCCGUCUGCUCGCUGCCCGAUCCUGAGCACGUUCACGCCGCAAAAGUCUCCUUUCCUGAGUUUAGCGCUACUCGGGCAGUUCUGCGCUUACCUGGGAAUAACUGGAUUCCCAUGGAGUUCUGAGUAGGAAAAGCAUUUAUAUGUGAUUUGCAGCGACGUCGACGCACGUCUUUGAGCAUCUCUCGCUGGAAACUUUCCGCUCAAGCCUUUCUCACAUUCUAGCGGGACGUUCUCUUGCGCAAGUCCCGUCGAAAUGAAUGUUAAACGCCUUUCUCGCACCAUGGGCGCAGUUUGUUGGGGACUGUGCAGGAGAACUUCCCGCCGGCUGCUGUCUUUUUCUCUGUGGCUCCUGGAAAGUCGACUCCCUUCCCCGCUACACCGGAGUUUGCGGAAUCAAGGGAGAGUGGUGUAUAGAAUAGUUUUUUCAUAUUUGCUGUUAUUUGGCCUGCCUUCUAUUCUUUAUAUAUUGUGGGGCUUGGUGGGAAACACUCAGUGUGCCUAAAUAAAUAGGGAAACUUGUUGAAGAUUAACUAACGUGUUUUAGUUGCUCCUUUGCCUUCAAGACCAGUAUGGGUUGUUGUUUUUCAACAACAGCAACAAGGAUGUGAUCUAACCAUUUUUUAUUUUAUUUUUAAAAAACACAUUUCAUUAUUCUGGUAGCACGGCAGAUAUUUUCAGCAUGAGUCAAGUGUUGAUGGCAACUGAUCUAUGUGUAAAUACAAUACAGCAUGUCACAGAAUAUUAGAUACAGGUCUAUAGCUUGCUUGUUCCUUUAUAUGCUAGCCUGUAUUGUUAUGACCCACAGGAAUGCUCCCAGUAAUUGGAAACACCUUUUUUCCGACUGAAAAUAUGACCCCAAAAUAUUAUCGCCCCACAAUAGGAUAUUUCAGCAUAGUUUUUUUUGUUACUGUUAUUAAAUCUUAACCUAUAAAGCAUGCUUUCUAUACCAAAGGUGAUUCUACAAAGCAAAGUUUCCCCUUAUGAAUUUCAUAAAAGUAAGUCAUGGAAGUCAAGAAAAGCUGCUACAACUUAGUUCCCUAAGACAGAAUCGUCCCUGCCACAGCCAUGCUGCCCAAUAUGAUUCAAAUAUUCCAGGUGGUAGAGAAAAUGGCGAACAAAGUCUGCAACAUGAAAGAUGGCUGUCUAAAUUAAUGCAAGUACUAAGUAAUGUAGGCCUUCUGGGUCAUGUCCUUGUUAUCUACACCAGCCCUUAAGGGAUACUGUUGCAUAUUUUACUGUGGAGAAUUAUAGAAAUGUGGAAGGGAUCUUUCAGUCCAUCUGCUCCAGGUGUGGGCAGCUGCAAAAUGGUGGCUUGGGGGCAUGGGUGUAGCCAGGAUUUAUGUUGGGGGUGUGUGAAGAAUCAAGCUAACUGCAAUGCCAUUGUUCAGUUACUUAAGUAUUUUUAUUUAUUUACUUGAUUGGGGUGGGCAGCUGCCUAGGGAUGACAUGCAAAAUCUACCCCAGAGUUUCUGCAGAUCAGGGAUUCUUAAAGCUUUUCAGCAUGUGUGUAGGGGGCCAUUUUGUUGUUGCCAUUGUUAAACUACUGGGAAUCUGGAAUCCCUUGCCAGUCUCAUGAAAAUUGCUGAGAUAUUACCAAUUGUUGUAGAUUUGUCUUCUGCCUGGCCCAUGUCUAGCUGAACCAAUCCUCUGUUUAACGCAGGUUCAACAAGACAGGAUAUGCUACGGCGUCUCUGCUUAAAUAUGCAACUGGGCAAUGCAAGGGGCUUCUUAUUCUCUCUUCAAGUUCUGGAGUAGAUUAAAGAAGUUCUUAUUAACUAAGCCCAUUUAUCAUCUCCAAUACAAGGACACCCCCCCCCCCCACGAUGCAUAAGCAGCUCUCCAGCCAUAAUGCGCCACAUGCUACAAUUCUCCCUACUGGGGGCACCGAGUCUCUUACUCCAUUCUAGAUUUCUCUAGCUAGCGCUGAUGGGAAUGGGGAUACUUUGCUUCAGUUGCAGGCUAAUACUUCAUACCCAACAGAGUUCCAUGUGGUAGAAGAGGAAGAAUGAAGUGAUGGCUCUGUGCAAGAAGUCAAAUUUUCCCAAGAAGUCAAACAUUCCCAUUGCCAUUUUCAAGAGAGUCAUUACAUGCCUCUCAUGUUUUGAUAUUUGGUUAUCUUACUCCUCUGUCACCAGAGGCACAUGUGGCUUCCUGUCAAGCAACCCAGCCUCUUGCAAAUUUCAACAUUUGUUUAAAAAGCUUGCAGUGUGCCUCCUUCCAGUGCACAUGCAGACUAUUGUUUUCUGCUUUUGCAACAGCAAUGAAACAACAGAAGUUGCCAAAUGUGGAAUAUUGAGUAAGGUAACCCUGCAAAGAAAAAGAAAGAGCCGGGGUGGAUUCGAUUGAAAUCAAAUUGAUUUAAAUCACAAUUUAAAUCACUAGUCAGUAAGACUUGAUUUAAAUCAUCUUUUUUACAGAAAGAUUCAUACUUGCUAGUAUAAUCUUAAUAUUUACAACCAGAUGAAGGUUUCAUUUUUGGAAUAAUAAAUUUUCAGAGUAGUUUUUACAGUUAUAUCAAAAAUUACUGAUUUGGUUAUACUAUUAGAAAUACAUAGACAGAUAAUUAUGGAAUGAUUGCUUAUAUUUGGACAACCUUUCUGCUGUUGGAAGGAGAAAAAUAAUCAUUUCCUUAAUAACAAUUUAAACCAUUUAUUUAACUAAAACAAUAACAUUAUAGCAUAUGUAUCUAUGUUUGUUAACUGAUGUGGUUGAAUGAUUUUUUUAAUUAAAAAAAAAAACUUAGACUGAGUUUUAGCACACAUGAAAAAGUUAAAACAAUUUUUUUAUUCCCUGAUGAAUUGCCUUUGGACUAUAAUAACUUACACUAUCUUUAGAAAUAUUUUUCCUCCAAAAGCAUUUUAUUUUAAAAAUCUCAUUUAAAUCCAAAAAAUCCGAUUUAAAUUUAAAAAAUCAUUUUUUUAAAAAAAUAAUCAUUGAUUUUUGUCCGCCCUGGAAAGAGCAAUGAAACUCAGCUGCACAAGCGGUGUGCACACAAGUGGAGGUUAAUGAAAUAAAACAAAUGUGGUGUAGUGGUUAAGAGCAGUAGAUUCAUAAUCUGGUGAACCGGGUUCGAUUCCCUGCUCCUCCACAUGCAGCUGCUGGGUGACCUUGGGCUAGUCACACUACUCUGAAGACUCUCAGCCCCACUCACCUCACAGAGUGUUUGUUGUGGGGGAGGAAGCGAAAGGAGAUUGUUAGCCGCUUUGAGACUCCUUUGGGUAGUGAUAAAGCGGGAUAUCAAAUCAAAACUACUCUUCUUCUUCUUCUUUAACUGCUGACCAAUAAUAAUAAUAAUAAUAAUAAUUUAUUAUUUAUAUCCCGCUCAUCCCUUCACCGCCUUCACUGAUUUGAAAGAGAGUACAUAGGGUGCCUCUGCUAUAGGCUUCUAGUUAAUUGAGAUAAUUGCUCAAAUUAAAGCUGCAUCAUUCUCUGCUGUAGGAAUAUAGGAAGUCAGUUCCACUGGCUAAUAACAUUUUAUACCUUAGACCCAUUAAAGAUGAUCCAUUGACUUCUUCUUAAGAAGGUCCACAGUGUGACUGCCCUCUCCAUGCGUGCGUCUUGCACAUCUUCAAAUUCCGUAAGAACAUCCAUUACCUGCCUGGAGGAUCUUACAAAAAAUGCACAGCAAGUUCAAAACAGGGUGAGACAAAACACUCCAUAAGUUAAUUAAGUCAGCAACGUUUAUUGCAGAGACAACCUUGGAUAUGAUUCAAUUCGCUGCUCAUGCGAUAGAUACAAAAAUGGUGGCAUGCCAGGCUCUGUGGCUGAAACACUAAGAAGCACACACCCCAUUCAAAGUGUAUUCAGAGAUGAUGCUUUGAAGGAUAUCCUAACAGAGUCUAAGACAAGAGGAAGGUGCUCAUCACACAGACAGAGGGAGGAAAGUAUUCAAAGUGGCACACCUUAUUCGCUAUACCAGUCCUUUUGGAAUUCCCAAUACCAAGGGAAAGCCAGAAAUUAUAGACAAAACCUCAAUGGCACAAACCUACAUACCCUGAGAAGCAGCAUCCAAAUAGGUUCCAGAAUCCCAUGGAGAAUACCAAGUCUCACCCCAAGGAAACUGAAUACAAUAAGGUUGGGGUCAUCUUCAAGAUUUGUUCACGUGUUACAGCACGCAACCAUGGAUUGCUGGUCCUGAAUGUGAUAAAACAUGGAUACAGAAUUCUUAUCGACACCCCAAUGCUUCCCUGCAUUUCCUCCCAGUGGUCCUAGUCCCCAUACAGAACGAGUUUUGUCCAACCACAGGGAUGUAGUCAGGGCAGAGGUGAGGGACCUUUUCCAGCUGACAACCACAUUCCCUUCCGGGGGCCAUGUGCAAAUGGUGUGGGGGGCUAGAGGCAAAAGUGGGUGGAGCAAUAAAUGCUAAUUUUACAUUUUGCACAGUAGGCUAGUUUCUGCACACACACACACACACACACACACCUUUGUAUUCUCUAUGCAGGCAAGCAGGAGACAUUAUCGGAAUUCAGCUUGUCAAAAGCAUUUGAGAAAGGUGGAAAGUCUGGCCUGGGAGAGAAGGUGUGGUUUGGGUAGAAUCCCGAGGGCCAAGUGGAGAGACAUGGAGGGCCGCAUUUGGCUGGUGGGCUCAGGGUUCCCCACUCCUGUCCUAGGUAAUAUAAAGAUCAGUUCAUGCAACAUCUCUGAAGGACAAGCCAGUAUUAUCAUAAAAUAAUUGGGAAUUCUGCUGAGAAAUGCUACCUAACUUAAGAUCACUUGGUGAAUUUCUUGCUGAGUUCCAGCUCAUUCUUUUAACCACUGCCCUACCCCGCUUCCUGAUUUCAAGGAAUAGGGAUUGUGAAACAUUUAUGCACAGUGACAAGAGAUUGUUCCAGUGUUUGAUGUGCCCCUGAGCUUGGAGACAAGUCAAACAUUGAUAAAUGUAUUUCCCCCAAAAUAGUGUAUAUUUUUCUCCUAAGGAAAGGUUACUGUAAAAUAUAUGUUUCACAGUAACUUUUUAUCAGUGGUGUUAGAAGCACACACACUAUUUUUAGAUAGAUAACAUUUAUUUGUCAGAAGACAACAUUAUUCCAUACAAUAUUUUUUCCCCAUUCAGUUUUGGCUCCAUAUCUAAGAGGAAAGUUAUUUCAAAACAAAACAAAACCCCUCAUUAUUUCUGUUCUACAGUGAUUUAACACAGCACAUUCUGUUUUUAAAGAUGCCUGUACUGUAAGGUUCUGCCAAUAUUUACAAACCUGCUUGGAUAGCCAGAAAAUGAGAAGGAAAGUCUGAGAGACUUACUGGAGUCAUCAGUUCCUUAAAAAGCACUUUUGUUUUCUGCCAUUUUGAGUCUGACAUUUUCUAAGGUUUACACAGCAAAUUGCAAGGUCUUUUAAUACCAUAAACGAAGCUGGCACAGAAAAGGAACAAAGGGCACAUAUUACACCUCAUAAUUUGUGCUAUCAGUUUGAUUCUUCCAGAGACUGGUGACCACAACAUUUCCUUCAGAUUGCUUGCAUACACUUUCUCUCCUUCUGGCCCACAAAUUUUGGCUGUUUCUGUGCCGGCACCCAUCGCAGCCUUUGACACUUUACUUUCUACCUCAUUGUUUCUUCUUGCACUGUACAGGCUGAGGCUUGUGACUUGUCUCAGCGGCAUGGUGCAUAGCAAGAGGACAAUUGUGGGGUUCCUUUUUAGGCUGUCCAGUCUGCUGGAUAUGGGAAGAGGAGGCUCAUGGUGAUAAUGUGAGACUACCUAUUUGAUCAUCAGUUGUUCCACAUUGCAUAGAUGAGUGUUGAGAGGCCCUAAUCCAAGUGCUCUACCUAAUCAGAUGAGAACGGGGGAAAGGGCUCUAGUAGUAGUGGUCCCCUGCUUAAUAACAAUUUCUUUAACUAAAACAAUAACAUUAUAGCUUAUGUAUCCAUGUUUGUUAACUGAUGUGGUUAAAUGAUUUUUUAUAUAUAUAUAUAAAAACUUAGACACAUGAAACAGUUAAAACAAAUCCUUAUUCUCUGAUGAAUAGCCUUUGGACUAUGAUGUAACUUAAAUAGAAAACUAUCUUUAGAAAUAUUUUUCCUCCAAAAGCAUUUUAUUUUAAAAAUCUGAUUUAAAUUUUAAAAAAUCUGAUUUAAAUUUUUUAAAAAUCAAUUUUUUUGGAUUUUUAUUAUUUUUUAUAUCAUUGAUUUUUAUCCACCCUGCUCCCUUCUGAGUAGACACAUGUAGGACUGCGCUGCAUGCCUGCAAUGUUCUGCACAUAUAUCUGGAAGUUAGCCACACACUUAGACUUACUUUCGAGUAAACAUUCCUAAGAUUACACCAACAGUCUUUUUGGGAGCAGGAAAAGCAUGAACGUUGAUCUUGUGAUUUGUGCAUGUUUAUAAGCGAAAUGGAAUUUGUCUCAGCAUUUUUACCAGAUUCUUAUUCCUUCUUGAGCCCCAUGUUUUUGUUUACUAAACAUUGCAAUAAUGUGCUGUUGUUCGUUUGAAUUCAUUGUAACUGCAAUCAUUAUUGUUUAUUAUGGUUGCUAAUUGCCUUGGUGAUAUCUCAAAGUGAUUUGCAAGAUGCUUAAAGCACAGAAUGACUUAUCAAAUAUUUAACAUCCAAAUGCCAUUGAACAGGCACAAAAAGAAAAUGUCAAAAUGACUAAAGGUGUUCAUCAUUCAUAACUGCUUCCUGAAUGCAAGCUGUUUGUAGGCUCAGUAUACAUCAACUGGCUGCCUUUGUUGUGUUGGCACAGGGGGCAGCUUUCCUGCCUAGUCUGUGCACCUGCAGUGCCUAUUGUGACAAAUAAUAAAUUCAAUGGCAUUCAGAAAGAUCAAAAACCAAGGGAAGGAGAGCUAGCUAGCAGAAAGAAAAGAAAAACAUUGCUACAUAUAAAGACAACAGUAGUACAGUCAAACCUCGGAUCCUGAACAUCUCCAUUUUGGAACGUUUCGUCUCCCAAAUGCUGAAAACCCAGAAGUAAGUGUUCCAGUACUUGAACAUUUUUCGGAAGCUGAAUGUCCGACGCAGCUUCUGCUUGAGUGCAGGAAGCUCCUGUGACCAAUCAGAAGCUGUGCCUUGGUUGUUGAACAUUUCGGAAGCCGAACUGGCUUCUGGAAUGAAUUAUGUUAAACAACCGAGUUUUGAUUGUAUAUCAAUCAUGCAGACAGGCUUUGAAGUGUUCCCAUUUCAACUUUCCAAAUAAAUGCCAUUUGUGACUCAGGGAUGGGGAAUCUCAGACUCGGGAGUCAAAUGCAACCUAUCUGUCAAAUGCCCUCGAAAUUCCCCAAGCCUCACAAACUUUCAUGAGUCACACCCCUCAACUGUUCUGCUUUGCACCCUCGUUGAGUGUUUUUUGCCUAGCUGGAAUGUGUCCUUGAAUGCUAAUAAUGCUUCUUGCUUGGCUGGAGAGAGAAUAGAGAAAGGUAUGUGAAAGUGAAGAAACCAACCUGUUGCCUACUUUUUGUGGCCUACUUUUGCCUCUGACCAAGUCCACCUCUGGCAUGUGAUGGGAGGGCGUCCAAACUGGAAUGUGGGAACAUGCACAUCUUUUGGAGCUGAACAUGCACACACACACAUUUUAGAUUUUUAGCUUACCACUUCCCCAAUGGGAAGGGGAAAACUCAAGUAAACAAAUCAGUGAGUUUCUUCUAGUUUAACUAGUUUCCUCCCAGCCUUCUUCAGCUGACACCUGGACCCAAAGACCAGCUCAAACAGAGAGGCCUCAUGCACCUUCUGAAAAGUGUGCUAGGUUGGACUUCCACAAAUGUAAAGUAGAGAGGAAUUGGUAAAUGGGGUUUGCAGCAAAUGCAGCAGAGGGUUUCAAGUUUUUGGAAAUAGGAAUUUCCUUUCCUCAAGUAAAAUGGUGCCUGUUAGUUUUAUGUUGUUGACGUUUCUGUGGUUAUCACAAGGUGAACAUAUAUAAAAUGGCUGUGGCGUCACCACAGCAAAUAUUCCCUUUCAAUUUAAUCUUGGUUAUAGUGAGGAGUGCCUUUGAACUUUGCUACUAAUCUCCCCACCCUCCCUGCUUCAGAUAAAUCUGCAAAUGUGUUCCUGGGCUAAAAUAGUAAACUAACAGGGAUGUAUUUAUAUUUUUUGCUAUUCUGGGUAUUUACUGACAGGAAGAAGAAGAAAAGCCUGACCAUUCAAAGCAAACCUAGAUGUAUGUUGGGUAUGACUAUUCAAGCCUGACCAAAGAAAAUAUUUGUUAAAGAGAAGGAAUAUAUAUCCUACAUCAGCUGCCCCCCCUAAAUUAAUCAAAAUCAACGCAAAUCUGAGGUUCUGCCCCCCCUGUCAAAAGCCUGCCCCCCCAACAAUAAUCCUAGCUACACCCAUGCUCAGGAGGGAGACUUAUAGAAGGUUGGGGGACUGACAGAAAGUACUACCUUGUUUCAGAACCAAAGCUUUAAGACCUAAGCUGUAACACCUCCGUGUUUAUUUUAAGGAACAGAAGAAAAUAUAAGUUGCACAUUUAUCAUCUUGUUUAGAAGCCUGUAACUACCACUGAAUUUUACAUAUAUAUGCUUCUUGAAAUAAUUCCAUCUCCUGGUGCAUCUCUUGUUUUAUUAACAUUGUUGUAAAAUAAAAUCUUUUUCUUGUUUAACUUCCCCAUGUCUCCAAGUGCAAACAUUUUCUUUAAAAAAAGCAAAAAUUAGCCAGUCGUGAGAGAGGGCAUAUCUCACCAAUACAGUCACAAUUGUUUUUCAGUAGGGAAAUUUGAAUCUGGGUGGUGAAUCAGCUGCUGUUGUGUUCCGCUGUAAAAUAAAUUUGCUUAGCUUUUCUUUUUUGCAUGUUGCCUCUAAAUAUUGCCUCUUUGGUCUACCAGCAACUUUGCUGUGGGCGCUGCCUUUUCAUAGGGACAGUGGGUCCAACUAUCAGGGUCAAGGGUAAAUAGCUAGCGGCCAUAAAGCAAUAAAAGCGAAAAAUGCUGAUUUUUGAGCCUGACAAUCUUCGUUAAAGAUUAACACUCAACCUGCAUGUUCACAGACACUUUAAUUGCAUUUACUUUCCAUUUAACAAGCCAUUUCCAUGUUGUAACAAUUUUCAAGGACCUGCUCAGCUCAUUAGAAGCUUUAGGCUGCAGUCCAAAACACAGUUAGAGAACAUGGGGGGGGGGGAGCUUCAUGGAGCUGAAGGGGGGGCACCACAGCAUCCACAGCCCUGCUACUUAUAGCAGCUAAAGGUGGUGGGGCAGGCAAAUAGCUGCAACAGCCUAGGGCUUUCUGUAGGCCAGUCAAGACUGACAGGGGCUCUGGCUAUGAAAAUAAAAUACAAAACCGAGCCUGGUACAAAGGGAAUUUGGAUCGCAGCGUUGAGAAGGAAUGAAAAGGAAUCUGGAAUUUCAAUGAGAAGUGCAUAUGCACACAUCUUUUAAUACAAGCUGAGAUUCCUGCAUUGCAGGGGGUUGGAGUAGAUCACCCUUGGGUUCCCUUCCAACUCUACAAUUCUAUUAUUCUAAGGGUGAAGAACCUGUGGCUCUCCAGGUGUUCUAGGACUUGCAGCCUAGCACUGGUUAUGCUGACUUGGGCUGGUGAGAGUAGGAGACCCAGCCGCAUUUGCUUCUCCACCCCUGCUCUGAAGGAGAGCUCAGAUCUUCCAAGAAUUAUAACACUAGGCUCCCCACCAUCUCCAAGGCUGCAUCUGUCCAACAUAAUGAGGAUCCACGUGACAAGCAAAUGUUGUAAAGCCACCUCCUGCAGGAAUAUGUUUAUAUGCAGACUGAAACUUAGAUUAGAGCUGCAAGUAAUGGGUUUCUCCCAGGAACACUUUACUAAAGAACACUUAUUGGCCGUGUCUUUUUGUGCAGUAGGAAAAGAUGGCAAAUUUUAAAGGCCAUGCACUUCCUGGGAGUUUCUUCCUUAUCUUUGGCCUGUGGUGGUCUGUGAAAUAUCCACUGAAGUACCUCUGUCGAAGGAAAAAGAAUGCUUCCAUUGGUUCCAAGGCAGGAUUUCAUCGCUUAGAAAUAGCAGAAGGCAUAGCCAAAGCCUCCUUCGCUCUUAUUGGUAAGUUGAUUUUCUUUAACAGUGUUUCCAAAUAAAAAUGGUUAAGAUUGAGGAUGUUUGGGUCUUCAUGAAUAACAAUACAAACCAUGAUUAUUUUUGAAACAAUAUGCAUUAAUAGUAAAACAAAUUGUAGUGUGGAUUCUGUCUGUCAUUGAAUUGGAGAAGGAUCAUAGCUCAGUGGCAGAACAUAUUUUUUCUGUGUAGAAGGUCCCAUGUUCAAAGUGAGCCUCCCUGGGGAGAGCAUUCCACGAGUGGAGGGCGUCCACAGAAAUGGCCCACUCUCAUAUUUCUGCCCACCAGACCUCACAUGGAGGAGGUAUACAAAGAAAGGCCUCAUAUGAUAUGACACGGUGUCAGGAUGCUAUCAAUGGCUCCCGGCUGGUUGCCCAGGAAAGUAUAAAGACAAGGAAAAGUUUCUUACAGUCUACAGAGAGAGGCUAUAGAACCCAGCCUCUUGGAUAAUGGCAUUGUUCCAAGUGAGUCUCUCCCACUUUCUCAUUCAUCAUUCUCAUUGCCUCCUCUACGGGUGCCGCUAAGUGCCCUCUGUCUUUGAGCUCUUUGCUCUCCUACUUUUAAGGCCCACCAGGUUCUGGGAGAUGGUGGAUCUGGAAUGCUUUCUAGGGACAACGUGUCAGCCAAUUUCUGCUCUGGCUCUCCCAUGAUGUCCCAACUUCCCCUCUGAGCUGUGACCUCCCACAAACCCCUGUUGUAAAUCUAUAUUGUCUUCCUCUUCCUCCUCCCUGGAUGAGGUCUCCACCAUUCCUCCUCUGCCCAGUCUCUGGGUCGGUUUAUAUGAUGGUCCUUGAGGUAUUGCGGUCCUGAGCUAUAUAAGGUUUUAUAGGUCAAAACCAGCACUUUAAAUUGAACCUGGAUAUUAAUUGGCAGCCAAUGCAGUUGGGCCAAGAUUGGCAUAAUGUGCUCAAACUGUCUUCUCCUGGUGAACAACCUGGUUGCUGAAUUCUGCACCAGCUGAUGUUUCUGAACUGCCUUCAUCAUGAUGCAAUAAUCUAACUUGGAAGUUACCACACCAUAGACGACUGAUGUUAGGCUAUCCCUGUCUAGAUAGGAGUGUAGCUGGGCCACCAGCCGAAGCUGAUGGAAGGCAGUUUUUGCUACCAAGGCCACCUGAGCCUCAAACAACAGCAGUGGAUCCAGCAGUAUCCCCAUUCUGUGUACCCAUUCCUUCAGAGGGAGUGAAACCCAAUCAAGAGCAGGCAGCCUCCCAUCCAUCCAGUCUAGGGAACCACCCACCAACAGUGCCCCAGUCUUGUGGAUUGAGCUUCAAGUUCAUUGGCUCUCAACCAGACCAUUACCGGGAUGGUGUCAAGUUUCCUUUUGGGCUUCAUAGCUGUGGUUCCAGAUGCUUAAUAGUGCUAAAGAAAGAAGAUAUGAAAUGGAGUUGUGGGCAGUAGCAUUGACUAGACCAAGAGGUAUGCGUAAAGGACUGACCUGAAUUUUCAGCUCUUGCAAAAUAAGCAAGGAGAAAGGCUGCCAUUACCACAGUGAUGCUAAAAGGCUUUAACUAGUCUUUAAUCAAGCAAUUGAAUAAGAAGGUUGUUGACACAGUCUGCCAUUGUUUCACACACAGGUAUGAUCGCCGAGCAGUUUGUUCCUGAUGGGCCACAUCUGAAGUUAUACAAUUAUGAAGAGAAACAAUGGGAUCACCUAAUGAACUGGCAGCAUGCAACCAUGUAUCUUUUCUAUGGCAUCUCAGGGCUGGUAGACAUUGUGGUGCACAGCACUAAUGUGUUACCAGUAGCCUUGGACAGGUUGAUGCUUUCGAUUGCUGUUUUUGUGGAAGGUGAGUUGACUGUAUCAUACUGUUAAUGGAGGAAAAUCUUUUCUGAACUCUUAACACAAAAAUGAGAAGAUGAAAGGUUAUCAAUUAGCGCAGCACUCGCCAACCUGGUACCCUCCAGAUGUGUUGGUCUGCAACACCCAAUAAACCUGCUUUGCCCCAGGUUGGUAAAAGCUGCAUUAGAAAAAGCACAUCAUAUAGUCAUCUAUGAAAGGGUGCGACAAAGAGAGGCUGAAGGAAAGGUCAAGAAUGAGAAUUAAUGGAGCUGAAUAAUGAACUUUCUAUCUUUACGUAUUAGGCAGACUAAGGGCAGGAUAGAAGAGUUAAAGAUUUGGGGUUUGAAGUAGGGUUAAAGGCUCCUUAUAUUUAAUUUAAUUUAGCAGACAUCAUGGUGUGUAUGUAUACUGCGAUCCCAGACAUAACACACUUAUUGAUGAGUGUGGCUCUCUGCUUUGAGAUAACAAUAUGUUUAGAACAGAAGCAUGGACUUUAGGGUUGCCAUAUUUCCAAAAUAUUUAAAAAAUAGGAAAGCACAUAUAUGUACAUGCAUUUUCAUUUAUGAAAUGAAAAUACCUCAGCAUUUAAUGUAAAUUAUGUCUACAAAUAUAGUAAGAACAAAACCUUUGGGGGGACACAACCAAUAUUUUUGUCCACAUUUUAUCAAUCUGUUUGCUGCUGGUGUUCUGUAAGCUGCCUUGUGAUGAGUCUUGCCCUGAAAAGCAGAGUAUAAAUCUUUCAACAAAUAAAUAGAGGGAAAAUGUGUACAUCAAAACUUUCAUAGUGGGGUUCACGUUCAUACUUCCCCCUUCUGUUAAGAGUUUGGGUGUAAUCCUUGACGCCUCCCUUUCCAUGGAGGCGCAAGUUACAGCAACAGCCAAGGCAACAUUUUUCCACCUUUGCCGCUUCAAGCAGUUGGUCCCUUACCUUUCCCUCCCCGACCUGGCCACAGUGAUCCAUGCAACAGUCACCUCCAGGCUUGACUACUGUAAUUCGCUCUACACGGGGCUGCCCUUGAAGGUGUCCCAGAAACUCCAGCGGGUGCAGAAUGCAGCAGCGAGGCUCCUCAUGGGGUCUCUGCCAUGGGAGCAUAUUCACCCAGUGUUUUUCCAGCGUCACUGACUCCCGGUGGAGUACAGGGUCAGAUUUAAGGUGCUGACCUUUAAAGCCCUUCACAGCCUAGGACCUUCGUACCUAUGGGACCGCCUCUCCUGGUAUGCCCCACGGAGAGCCUCAAGGUUCAUAAAUAGCAACACCCUAGAGGUCCCGGGCCCUAAGGAAGUUAGAUUAGCUUCAACCAGAGCCAGGGCCUUUUCAACACUGGCUCCGGCCUGGUGGAACGCUCUGCCUCAUCAGACCAGGGCUCUGCAGGAUCUGAUUUCUUUCCGCAGGGCCUGUAAGACAGAGUUGUUCCGCCUGGCCUUUGGCUUGGAGCCAAUUUGAUUCCCUCCCUCCCUCUCUUUUUUCUUUUUCCUUUCUCCUCCUGUGAUGAGACUGCAUUUUAAUAUUUCAAUGUUUCAAUAUUUUAAUUGUUGUAUUUUAAUCUUGUUUUUAAGUUGUAUUCAUUUAACUUGUUUUUAUUAUUGCUUGUUAGCCGCCCUGAGCCCGGCCUUGGCUGGGGAAAGCGGGGUAUAAAAAAAAAUUAUUAUUAUUAUUAUUAUUACUCCUGCCAUAACUGGGGGUUUGGGGGGGGUGUUGAGCAUAUGGAGGGAAUAUUUUAUUUUUUCCUCUCCUGCCCAAGUCCUGAUAAAAAUCGCUUCCCCACUGGACUGCGUUGCUCUGUGUUGCCAGUUAAAAUAGUCCCCAACACCUAUUAUUAGUUACAGAGAGGGAGCACGAACCUAACAUGGUUGCUAAUUAGUAUCCCAUCUAGUUUCUAUUUUGGCCCUGAGCACCGCAGACCUGUGGAGUCCUGAGCUAUCUCCCCUCUAGUAUCCAAGGGAGGUGGGAUAUUGGAUUCUCCCUACUGAAAUUCUAGGUACCUGAGCACUUCUUGACUUUUCUAAAAUAAUGCAUGCAUAUACACAUAGGUUACUUGAAACAAAACCAAAAUAUUACGGUUUGUAACAGAAAUUUUGUUCAGUAAAUUAAUAUGUGAAGCAAAAGUAGACCCUCUCAUUUCUUUGUUACCAGGAUUUCUCUUUUAUUUCCACAUCCACGGGCGACCUAUGUUAGAUUACCAUGUUCAUCAGUUACUUGUAGUGGCCGUCUUUGGAGGAGCUGCUUGCAUCUUCUUGGAGGUCUUCUUCCGUGGCGUCAUUGUCCUUGAGAUGUUCCGAACCAGUCUUUGUAUACUGCAGGGGAGCUGGUUCUGGCAGGUGAGCGAGUCUAUGAUUCCUGCCUUCGUAAUCAGUUAAUUCCCAGCAGCAGCCCGCAAUAUCCUUAGGGAGCUGAUACCAUUGCCCUGCCCCCAUCUUCUGGUGUUCCUCUAAUUACGAAGCAGUCACCAUUGAAAUUGGAGCUGGUUAUGUCACUCUGGGGCAUUGUGUUUUAUUACAUUGAUGGCUGCCUGGUACUCAACAGAGGAAGGCUGCCACCACCUUCCUCUUCAUUCAUCAUCUUCUGCCUUCACGCAAAAGCCUUCUUUCUCACGCCUGCAUUCAACAGAAACGUACUUAACUAUUGCAUUUAUAUCCCAGCUUUUCUCCAAGGAGCUCAAGGUGGUCCACAUGGUUUCCCCCCUCCUCAUUUAAUCCCCACAGCAACCCCUGUGAGGUUAGUUGGGCUGAGAGACAGUGGGUGGCCCAAGGUUACCCAGUGAGCUUCACAGCUGUGGAGAUUUGAACUGGGGUCUCUCAGGUCCUGGUCCAAGACUCUAACCACUACACCAUGCCUCUGAGUCAGAGGAGGAGUCAGACCACCCAACCCAAUAGGGAUCCUAUCGAUCAGGCCCCAUGCCUGGUCCACUCUGCAACAGGGAUCUGGCCUAUCUGAGAUACUUGUGGGGAGAAAAUGAAAGGCUGUAAAACGACACUCUUGGGGGAGCAGCCCGGAAGAUGAGAUUGAAAAAUGGGAGGGCUGGUUCUUAGAUGGAUACGUUUGGAGCUGUUCAUUUGUCUUUCAAAUACUGCACUGCAGAUCAGACAGCUGCAUUGUUUGUAACCAGCCAUUUCUCCUAUUGAAUAGAGGUGGCACAACAAUGUACUCAUUCUGGCAAACUUUCAUAUUACUGGGAUGGAUUAUAUCUUGCCCCAUUAUUGAAGCCACUAUCGCUUCAAAGCUCAGGGCAAGGGAGUUAAAUGAAACUCUGAACUCUACUGUUUUGUAAAUCUUCUGUGUUUAGCUUUGUACAUGCCACUUUGUUAUGAGUUCCGUAGGCGCAGUACUCUUGUUUGAGAGUAUAUAUUAUGACAAGGAAAACAUCUAGGUAAAAAAGAGAAAAGGUGCAGAGUUUCUUUGACAGAUGGAAGAGUUCACAACAGUAGAAUAAGUUUCAGAAGGAAAGGCAGCUCUCCCAUUUGCAGUGCUUUCCAUAAAUAAGCUUAAAUACAGUGGUACCUCAGGUUACAUACGCUUCAGGUUACAGACUCCGCUAACCCAGAAAUAGUACCUCGGGUUAAGAACUUUGCUUCAGGAUGAGAACAGAAAUGGUGCAGUGGCGGCGCAGUGGCAGCGGGAGGCCCCUUUAGCUAAAGUGGUGCUUCAGGUUAAGAACAGUUUCAGGUUAAGAACGGACCUCCAGAACGAAUUAAGUACUUAACCCGAGGUACCACUGUAAAUAUGUUCAGUACCAUAGAAGAAUUCACCAAUGCAUUCAGUUCUCCAGGGUGUUCCUCUGUAGAUUUGGGAUUGAGACUUAUCUUCUUUUACUUCUGCUUGUAAAUUUCUAUUUAAGAAGCAUUUCAAAAAUGUAACUGUGAAGUUACUUUCUUUGGGCUGGUGUUAUUAUAAAAAUAUAAGUGUGUGUCUUACAUCUUUCAAAAUAUAGACCAAUGAUGCAUCAUUUUAUAAAAAUUAUCUUUAAAAUCAUAACACAAUGUGAAUUUUAACCCUUUAGUCCACAUAUACUCUCACUGUUCCAUCUGUAUGUUAUAACCAAUUUUGUUUGCCCAUUUAAUCAUGCAUUCUUUAAUUAGUUCUUCUGUUUCAAAUUUCAACAAAACUUUAUACAUUUUUGCAGUAACAUAUCCAUCAUCUGCCACAUGUCCUUUUUUUGACACCACAGAUUGGAUUUGUACUUUAUCCUCCAAGUGGGGGUCCAGAAUGGAACCAAACGGACCACAAUAAUAUCAUGUUUAUCACCAUGUGCUAUUGCUGGCAUUAUGCAUUUGCACUUCUAAUAAUGGGUUUGAAUUACACUGUAAUCAGCUGGUAAGUAAAUCCCGAAGAGCUUCAUUUAACUUGCCACUAAAUGCUAGAGCGUUGUUCAACAUAAGAAAACUCUCAGCUAUGCAAAAUUGGCUACUCCAGUUCUGGAGGAAUGCGAAACUGCAUUGGCCUCCAUAUGUCAGCCUGCAACCACUGGCACAACCCAAGUGGGCUUUGCUGUUUUCUCACAACCUUGCUAGGAAAUAAGCAAAGUUCCUCUGUGUCAUUUAUGUAGCAGUGAACAAUGUGCAUUUAUUUUUCUUCUGAAAGAGAGAGCCUCACAGAGUUCAACGGACUGCUAUUUCCUGUAGUCUGUCUCUUCUCAAAGCUUAAGAUCAGGGAAGACGUAUGAACAUUUUGCUCAUGGGUUUAUUUGAAAUGCCAGCACCCAGCCCUAGAAUAUUAUAUGGUCGGGUCCAGAGAAAUGCCAUUGAAAAGGAUAGGAGUGGCAGAGUGGUGCCCCUCACUGGCCCUCAGGUCAGUUGCGUCACUACUGCCUACCAGGAGGUAGAGGGUGAGGGAUGAGGUCAGAAUGGUUGAAAUGGACCAGCAGGAGCACAUGCAUCCUAGCCUCACACUCCCACUCUGCACUCUGUAAGCAGUAGUGACACAACUGACCAGAGAUCAGUUGACUUCCAGCACCCAUUGCAUUGCUGGAGGGUUAUUUUCCUGCCUCUGCCAAAGGUUGAGGGACUCUGCUGAAUGGCGCAGGUUGUGGUACAGGGGGAUUGAGGAGGGGAUAGCUGACGAUUGUGUAGAGGCACCAUCCAUGAGCACUUCAAAGUGUGACAAAACGUUGGUAAGUUGACUUGGGGUAUACAUUGUUACUAUGUAAUCCCAUAUAAAAUAGGCAGCUCCCCACUUGAUUCCUACCCGGCUUAGAAUAUAUGACUGGGACUUUACAAUUCAUGUGCAAAGCACAAAUAUAUAUAAACAGCUAAGGUAAGAUUGCCAACUUCAAUUAAAAAUUAUAUGAAAUGAAACAUUUGUUACAUUUUAAUGAAAGUUUCCAGUCUCUGAUGUCACCAGGUUAUAUUGGCCACACCGUAGGGAGAAAAGUCAUUUAGUAAUCAGCUAAGUGCCCUGGAUGAGCUGAUAAUGGGGUUAUUAACUAUUUUACACAAAUAUCUUAAAAAGAGCAAUAUGUGAGUGUUUCAGAAGUACCCUCUCUGCAUGGACAUAUAUGAUUUUGCUUUAAAUGACUCUCAAAUAUUGUUGAAGGCAGCUCAUUCAUUUGUGCAUUUGGGAAAACUCUUCUAUAUUUUAGAAUAGUUGUAUCCUGUAGACAUAUAUGCCACUGUGUCAGGAUAUAUAAUUGGAAAACAGUCAAACCAGGAAUAUAAGUUUCUCAUUCAGAAAGGCUCUUCCAUUGUUUGAUAUCAAAUAGGUGUUGAUUUCCUGACACCUAACCGGGUGAAUAUGUAGCUCAAAUGGUUCUGCUUUGUUUUCCCCUCUCCAGGAUAGUUCGCACAAAACUAAAACAAACUCCAUCCAUGGAAAUUGGAUUAUUGAAAACAUCUGAGCGAGACCAGGAAUCGGAAGAUGAGAUCUAAUUCAGCACAAAUGUUUUCUUAAGGCUUAGCACCUAUUCUUUCCACUUCUGAAUUGUAAUGGCGUUGUUUAUCACAUCAUUAAGACUCUGCAUUAAUUUAUGAAACUUCCAUUAGUGCAUCGUUUAUCCUUUGCUUGAAGUAGAAAGAGAAUGUUUUGCUAAUAAAUAGGCUAGGGUGACACUGUCAUGUACAAAUCAAUCCAGACCAUUAUUAUGGGGCUAUUCUUUCAUUGCUCUUGGGUAAACUGGGAGAUUUUCACAAGUGGCAAUCAAAUGCAACCCUGCCAUUGCAUAAAACUGAUUGUAUACACCUUAAAACCAAUCCAGUCAUAAAAGGUGCAUAUCUAUUUUUAACUAUAAAGAAUAAUUUGUUGUCUGUCCAAAGUGUAUCUUGCAAAUUUAUAUUUUUCAAAGUUAUUGCUUUGUUUAUUAUUAUUUAUUAUCGAGUACGAUCUAAUUGCAUUACAAAUCUUGUGCAAAAAGAAAAGUUAGUGUUGUGACUUAGGACACAAUGGUAUUCUUGAAAUGGUGGAUGAUUGUUAGCACUAUGUUAGACUUGUUACUUACCUUGUAGCAGAGUCCAUCUAUAUAAAUACGGCAUAUAUGUCUGCUGUAUAUCUUAGAGCCUUUGCUCUGAAUUUACUCAGUGUGUAGUAGAGUUGGGUGAGAGGGUUCAAAUCCCCACUUGACCAUGAAACUUGACCACACCUUGGAAAAGUCAUUAUGUCUCUGUGAGGCAUAGGGAAUACGAGGCCCUCCAGAUGUUGUUGCACUCCAUCUCCCAUCAGCCACAGACAGCAAGGCCAAUGAUAGUGUAGGAUGGGAGUUGUAGUCCAGAGAGCCACAGGUUCACUAUCCCUAUACUCAAAACAAACAGUGAUUACUGUUUGGGAGAGGGCUAUGGCUGUGCUACCUCCCUCACUUGCAGAUACCUCUUCCUGGAAGUAGUGCUCAUUCCUUUUGAGUCUGCUUACUGGGAAAGCACCAUUUAGAAGUAUCCUUAUUUGUGCCACGUUACUCAGUAUGAAGCUAUACUCAGGAAAUACCGUAUGACAUUGUGUGCCUUUUAGCUUUCUUGUCAGUAAGUAUAUUAUCGGCUGGGAAUAGCGUAUGUGGGACAUAAAAUAGCAAGUGUGUCUAGCAGAUUUAAUAGGAUGUACAUAUGUUCUGUUUAGGAAAUCCAACUUUAAAUGACUCUUCUACCAAUGGACAAGAGCAUUUUGAUUUCUACUUCAUAUGCACUUUCUAAACACCAAAAGUUAUUGUUACAGCAAUCUUUUGGUAGAGAGGAAGAAGAAUUCUGUUUAUCAAGUAAUCAAUGAAGGAUCCUUCAGGCUAGUGCAGCUACUUAAAAUUAUGAAUAAUAACUUGGUUUUAAAUGUUGAAAUAAAUUGUUCCAGUUUACUUUGAAACAAGCAA